AUGAUAUUGACUCUCACAGUGAUCACACUACUGACCAUUCUGUGCUAUGUUGCCAUUAAAAUUUAUUUAAAUUAUCAAAAAGUUUCACACAUUCCAGGUGGAUGGCAAGUCAUGAGUUUCUUUUGGAGAAUUCCAUUCUUUUCCGAAUACAUGUUUGUCAAUAAUCAUCAUGCAAUUUUAGAUUUGAUGAGAAAGAAGGGAGAUUUAGAGAAUGGAAUUACAAGAGUUUCACUCAUGGAUAGAAAUCUUGUCUAUAUUUCCAAUAAGGAAAUGUUAAAGGAAGUCAUCAUUACCAAGGGAAAUAAUUUUCCCAAAUAUUUCAGACCAUACGAAGUAUUCAAGACAUUUGGUGAUAAUUUAUUGACCAUUUUGGAUGCCAAUUCAAGUUCAUGGAAAAGUCAUCACCAAAUUUGCUCGCCUGCCUUUACAUCUCAAAAUUUGGAGUAUUUGUGUGAAUAUUCGUCAGAGUGUGUUGAUGAAUUGUUCUCUACUCGAUGGGGAAAAAAGGAACAAGAGUUGGAAAUUGGAGGAAAAACUGUUAAGGGAUAUUUAACAAGAGAUAUCAAGAGUGAUUUCAGUGAUAUUACAUUGAGCAUUUUGGGACGUGUUGGAUUUGAUUUGGAUUUUGGAAUAUUUGAAAAGUCUUCUGAUUCUGAAAUUGCCAGUAAUGGAACUAUCAAGGAAAGAAAACAUGAAAUUGAAAAACAAUUUGGAAGUUCAGGAGAAAGAAUGAACAGAAGAGAUUUAUUGAGUUGUUUAAUUGAAGCCAAUUUAGUUCAAAAAGGGGUAUUGACAGAUAAUGAGAUCAAGUCAGAUGCAUUCAUCUUUUCGCUUGCUGGACAUGAGACAACUUCAACUACAUUACAAUGGAUUUGUUACGAGUUGGGAAAGAGACCUGAUAUUCAACAAAAAGCUCGUGAAGAAAUUGAUUCUAUUCUUGGAGUUGGUGAAUCAAGAAGAAACCCAACCUAUGAUGAUUUCCCUAAAUUGAACUAUCUCAAUCAAUGCAUCAUGGAAGGUUUGCGUUUGCAUCCACCUGUUCUUGCAAACUUUAGAGUAGCAAAGAAAUCUACCACCAUUGGAAAGUACAACAUUCCAAAAGGAACAAUUGUUGCAAUUGAUUUGUUUGGAUCACAUGCCAAUGAAAAUAAUUGGACAGAGCCAUCAGAUUUCAUUCCUGAACGCUUUUCAUCUGAUUUUGAGGAACGUCAAAAGACUCACACCGAUUUCACAUGGAUUCCAUUUUCAAUGGGUCAAAGAAAAUGUAUUGGUUACAAAUUCGCUCAAUAUGAAGCAUUCACCAUCUUGUCUCGUAUAUUACAAUUCUAUGAAAUCAUCACUCUCAACAAUGAAUCAAAUCCAAGUGAAAAAGUUAGAGAACUUCCAGGUCCAACUGUGGGACCUGGAAAUCUCGUUCUUUUCUUCAACAAGAGAAAAUUCUAA